AUGGCAGGGCCCCAGACGCCGCGUGACCUGACCACGGGUGCCAUGGGCGACAGGACGCCAAAAGCCAUCACCCUCACCGACACGCAGGCAAAUUCGCUGCCGCUGGUGAACGUGCACUUCCACUACGGCGCAGAGCACAAGUCAGACGCCUACUCCGACGGAACGGACUCGCAGACCUAUGACUCAAGCCGGCGCUUGGCAACAACCGGCACGGUGCGACCGGGCUGGAUGUGCCCCACGAGCAGCCUGAACAGCACCCAACUGCAAGCCUACACCUUCCAGUACUGCAAGGGCCAGGUGGAAGUGGGCAAGUCCUACGAGAUUCAUUACGUCCACUCCUCUGCCGGCAUGGAUGCCAAUGAGACGGAUGACGUCAAUGCUGACAAUCUGGCAGACGGCUUGGGAGGUGCCGCAAACGGCCGUGGCCUCUUGAACCCUAUGAUCGUGGUCCAAGCGCAGAUCUUCCAGAUUGUAAACGGCGCAGCCACAGUUGAUGACAUGCUGCAUGGCUGGACCGUUGUUGGCCACACCGACUCUGUGAUGUACUCUGGCUCAACCACUGGAACCUCCCAUGACAACUCCGUGUGCUCGCCGUACGCGAUCUCUUGGCACGUGGACAAGGCAUGCCACCAGGUAUCUCCGGAGUCGUUCGACAACCUUUGCAAGCAGAUGAAGGAGACUUAUGGCAUGGAUGGGGAUUUAUAUCCCCACGGCUCCCGCAUCCUGGUUGACAAGCAACACGUUGUCCAGUCCCAGUACGUCGUGCCUCUGCAGUGA